AUGCUCUCGACUCUUCCCUUUGAACUCUUGCACGCAAUUGCUGACUCGGUCGACGACAGACGCGACCUGGUCGCUCUCGCUCGCUGCUGCUCAAUCCUCAACGCAGUCGCAAACCGUGUCCUCUACAGACACAUAUCCCUCACCGCAAACAAAAACCCUCUCGCAGUGGCCAACGUCCUCGAGCAGAAUCCACACCUCGCACGCCAUGUCCGUUCCUUCGCCAUCGUCGUCCCACCCACCUUCUCUCCACCCACACACGCUUACUCCUCUCUCGCGAAUGCACUCGCACACAUGCUCAAUAUCGAGUCUCUAAAAUUGACGCUCGACCCAGCCCUCAGCUGGGUCCUGCCAACCGCACCCAACCUCGCCUUCCCCCGUCUGCGCGAUUUCACCUCCCUCUUCCCACUCGAUCACAAUACAUCUGCCUUCCUCGCAAAAACACCAGCCCUGCUCAGCCUCGAGCUCAACCACGACCUCACUCCAGCCUCCUCCCCAGCGCCUCUGCCCGCCUCCUCCCUGCCCCGGCUCCAAUCCUUUGCCGGCUCUUCUCAAGCAGCCCAGGCUAUCGUCCCAGGACGCCCAGUCUCAUCUAUAUCCAUGCACUCGGGAGACCUAACAGAGUUUGUCCUUCACUCGCUCGCAAAAUCCACCGCUGCAGUAUCCUUCCUCGACGCAACCACCGCGUCUCUCCCUCUUCCUCUGCUCGAGACCAUGGCCAUCGCCAUCCCCGAGCUCCAAGAACUCCGUUUGGCGACGACAUACAAUCUGUGGGAUGAAUGGUUCAAUACACCUUUCAUUCAAAACAUCAAAAACGCUCUCAUCAGCAUGGACAACCUCAAGACGGCAGAGGUGUCGGGUAUGCUCUGGAGAUGGCUGAACAAGGAGGGCCGCGUACUCGCCAAUGAACCUCAGCUACCAGCCUCCAACGACGACGACGACUUGGGCAGCAAUGAUUCCGAUUCCUCAUAUUUCAUGGCCUAA